AUGCCUGUCCACCUCAGUCAUUCUAUCUCCCGGUCUUGCUUUGCAGCAUCUGGCGCCCUUCGUCGCUUUGCCAGCUCUCCUCGUGUUAGAGCCACGAAAACACCUCCUUCUCCCCGAAAACCGUCGUCUCUGCCGCAACGUCAGCAACGAUCAAUAGACCCUUCCUUGACUCCAGAACAGGUGAACAAACAAUACUAUGGGGCAAAACUGUUGGCUGCUGGUCAGCAGAUGAUAUACAAGGCACCCUCACAUACUGGUCUUCUCGGAGCUUCUUGGUUUAUUGCCGGGUCAUGUUUCCUAACCUCGGCGGCUCUGGCCUUUGGAAAUCUGUGGUUAUAUGAUCCAGAUUCUGAUCUUCCGACGAUAGUGAGAGUAGGACAUCGACUUGGCAUAAUCACGUUCACAGCAGUUGGGGGCAUAGCCCUCCUGCGGCCCCUGAAUCUGGUCAAAUCGAUGAGACUCAUCAACUCUGAUACUGGUGUCAAGCUACUGGUACAGGUUCGACGGCCCGUACCUUUCCUGCGGCCGAAGCAGCAUAUCAUCGCUCCUCACGAGCUCCGUGUAGAUCGGACUUGGGUCCAUGAGCUUGAAGUGCCAGAGUUUAUACAAGAAAGCACCACUACACGGCGGGGAGUGUUCUCGAGUUUAGGCCGAAGUAUCAGCCGAGCAUUCUAUUAUCCUUUUGCUGCUACCAGGCAACUCAUGACCUUGGAAGGGAUAAUAAAUGCCUCUUUGAAGGAAGGAGGCCCUAAAGUCAAAUUGGACUCACAUGGUACGUUCUCCAAUGAUGGAGAAGAUAUUGAAAAGCUGGGUACUAUUAUUCUAUGA